UGACGUCUUCCCCUGACACGUGACGCAACCCGGAACUUGGUGACGUCCCAGAACAACAAAGAUGGCAGGAAUAGGAGGCAGUAACUACUGGGAAGAUCUGCGAAAGCAGGCCAGACAGCUGGAGAAUGAACUGGACCUGAAGUUGGUCUCCUUCAGUAAGCUGUGCACCAGCUACAGCAGCUCUAGGGAUGGACGUCGAGGAGACACGUCAGACACCACCCCCUUGCUAAACAACUCCACCCAGGACAGGAUGUUUGACACCAUGUCAGUGGAGAUUGAACAACUUCUGUCCAAACUGACUGGAGUUAAUGACAAGAUGGCGGAGUAUACCAACGCCUCGGGAACAACUUCUAUCAACGCUGCACUUAUGCACACGCUCCAGAGACACAGAGACAUCCUACAGGAUUACACACAUGAAUUCCACAAAACCAAAGGCAACUUCUUGGCCAUCCGGGAAAGAGAAGACCUGCUCGGGUCUGUCAGGAAAGACAUCGAGACAUACAAGAGUGGCUCCGGGGUCAACAACAGAAGAACAGAGCUGUUUCUUAAGGAACAUGACCACCUGAGAAAUUCGGACAGAGUGAUGGAUGACACAAUAAGUAUUGCAAUGGCGACCAAGGAGAACAUGACAUCCCAGAGGGGCUAUCUGAAGUCCAUACAAAGCCGGGUCAACACCUUGGCCAACCGUUUCCCGACCAUCAAUAAUCUCAUCCAGCGAAUCAACCUGCGGAAAAGACGGGACUCCCUCAUCCUGGGUGCAGUGGUCGGCGUCUGCACCAUCCUCCUUCUGCUUUAUGCUUUUCACUGAAGGAUCGGACCUCGUGGAAUCUUUGGGGAAAAAAAAAAAAAAAAGGAGCAGGAUCGAUAUACUCUUUUGUAGCGUGGUACCCUCUGGAGACUGAGCUCAGAGGUUGGAGGACCCUGGAGACCUCCCUGAGCAGAAGGACUUUCAGUCUGUCCAGUUCAUAGGCGAGAACAAAUAUCACCAACAUGAACUACUGAACUUGUAUUUACAGGUGGGACUACAAGGAAAUGCUGGUGGUUGAGUGCUCAUCGGCCAAAUGUGAGAGUGAAGAUGAAGAAGUACAACUAAGACAUGAUUUUAAAGAAAUUCUAUUAUUAAUUCGAAGCUGAGGGAAGUUUUGAGCAGACUGUGAAAAUGUGUGAUGCAUUUUGUUUUUCACAGGUGGAAGGAUUUGAGUUGAGUGGUCCUAUUUUAAAUGAUGGAGUGGGAUGGAUAGUACAUUCUGUAAAAUGUGAAAUAAUAAAUUAUUCAUAUCAGUA